CGCUGAGGACGCCUUGGACUCUCAAGGACCUUGUGUGAGCAACAGCCUGAAAGUUUGCAACAAAGGUGGAAGGAGCCUUUGCUGAAACUCGUACUUAGACACAGGAGAUUCCUGAAAUGUAUGGUUCUUGGAAAGGAAACAAAAGGCAGGGGACAUGUGGACCAUCUGAUAACCGGACCUGCUGCCCCAGUGUAUCAAGAAGCUGAGAGAGCCAGGCUGCCUGGAAGGUGUGCAGGGACACCUAGCCCACUCUCUCUCCACUGACUUGCAGACUCAGACAAGAAGGCUGCCAUGGCUCCUUAUCACAUCCGCAAAUACCAGGAGAGCGACCGCAAACGUGUCCUGGGCUUGUUCUCCCAGGGGAUGGCCGAGCACGUCCCUGCCACCUUCCGCCACACCCUGAAGCUGCCGCCAACACUUGUGCUCUUGCUUGGGGGGCCCCUCGCAGUGUUCCCGGUCUCUGGGUCCUGGCUCUCAGCCCUCGUAGCCAGCCUCACCCUCCUCACUGCCCUGUGGUUUCUUGCCAAGUACUCUUGGAACCAGUUUCUAGUCAAGGCUUUACAGACAGACUUGUCUGACAUCACCAAAUACUACUUCAGUGAGUGUGGCUCCUGCUUCUGGGUGGUUGAGUCCGAGGGGCAGGUGGUGGGCACCGUGGGAGCUGUGCCCGUUGAGGAGCCCACGCUGCAGAAAAAGCAGGUGGAGCUGCUUCGCCUAAGAGUGGCCUUGGAGCACCGUGGUCAGGGGAUAGCGAAAGCCCUGGUCAGGACUGUCCUCCAGUUUGCAAGGGACCAGGGCUACAGUGAAGUCGUCCUCAACACCACCAUCAUGCAGUCCCCUGCCCUGGCCAUCUACCACAGCAUGGGCUUCCAGGAGACACACCAGUCCUUUGCCUUUCAGAGCUUCAGGCUAAUGGCUAUCCCGUUAAUUCAUUUCAUCUACCACCUGCCCUCUGCUCAGGUCUCUCCUGCACCGGGGCAGGGAGGGGGCCCCUGAGCUGUCUCCUGGUGCACUAGUCAGGGGAGGACCAGCUCUGCUUCAGGAACAGGCCAACCCUGGAAUGUCACUGCGACAGCAUAGUCACUGCUUCCUGUUCAUUCACAUAGAAAUCCUGCAUGGUUGGGGGUGGAGUGGCUCUGCUCCAUUCAGUGUUUCUGGGGUGCCACUGGUUCAUUUAUCUACUGCCACAACAACGCGGCACGUAAAAUUCUUACGAAAUACUAAUAAACAUGUCUUUAGCUCAUGA